AUGCGGACGCAGCUUGCCACAUGGUCUGGUUUCUGUAAAGGCAAGCUGUUAGCAACGCUCUUUUACGAACCGAGCACACGGACGCGCCUCUCCUUUGAAAGUGCGAUAGGGCGACUCGAUGGGCGCUCACUCGGUUUCGCAGACCCUAGCGCUGCUUCUGUCUCAAAGGGCGAAACGAUUGCGGACACCGCCCGCAUGGUCACAAACUACUCCGACCUGAUUGUUGUCCGUCACAAUUGGGCGGGCGCAGCCCAUGUCAUGGCUCGCUACUCCAAUGUCCCAGUGAUUAACGGCGGUGAUGGCAGUCAUCGGCAUCCCACGCAGGCACUCACAGACCUGUACACAAUCCUCCAGCGGAAAGGGCGGAUAGAAGGGCUGACAGUUGGUAUUUGCGGCGACCUGCGAUACGGGCGCGCAGCGCAUUCGCUCGCACUCGGCGUUGCACGAUUCGGCGGGAAACUCCUCCAUAUUUCGCCCGAUGGAUUUCAGAUGCCCGAAUGGGUUUCUACCCGCUUGAAACAUCUCUACGAACUCAGCGACGUGAUCGGUGAGCUUGAUGUCAUCUAUGUGAAUCGGCUUCAGGAGGAGCGUUUACCGCCGGAGAUCUCUCCGGAAGCUGCACGGGGAAGCUAUCUUGUGGACGUCGCAGUGAUGAAUUACGCUAAACCCGAUGCAAUAAUUAUGCACCCAUUACCGCGUGUCACGAGUUGGCUUACGAGUUAG